UUUCCUCCUCCACCUUCCCUCGCUCGUCCCCGAUCGAUGGCGUCUCCUCUGGAAUCCUGUUGGCUGUAUCUUAUUACUCAUUUCAGUGAGUUCCAAUUGGCAACUAUCGGCAGUUUUUUAAUUCAUGAAAGUGUGUUUUUCUUGUCUGGAUUCCCAUCCAUAUUCUUGGAGAGAUCAGGGUUCUUCAGCAAAUACAAAAUUCAGAAAAAGAGCAACACUGCAGAAGCACACAAGAAAUGUGUUUUGCGUCUAAUCAUGUACCAUGUCUGUGUCAACUUACCAGUUAUGCUCAUCUCUUAUCCUGCGUUCAGAUACAUGGGUCUGAGAAGCAGUCUUCCAUUGCCAAAUUGGACUGUCAUCGUCUCUCAAAUACUUUUUUACUUCAUCUUGGAGGAUUUUGUGUUUUACUGGGGGCACAGGAUACUGCAUACCAAAUGGCUAUACAAGCAUGUUCACAGUAUCCAUCAUGAAUAUGCUACACCAUUUGGACUGACUUCUGAGUAUGCCCAUCCUGCUGAAAUCUUAUUCCUCGGCUUUGCCACAAUUGUGGGUCCAGCUCUAACCGGCCCUCACCUAUUUACACUGUGGUUAUGGAUGGCAUUGAGAGUCUUGGAGACGGUUGAGGCUCACAGUGGAUACCAUUUCCCAUGGAGCCCAUCAAACUUCUUCCCUUUAUAUGGAGGUUCUGAAUUCCAUGACUACCAUCAUCGUAUUCUUUUCACCAAGUCAGGGAAUUAUUCAUCAACUUUUGUUUACAUGGACUGGUUGUUCGGCACUGAUAAAGGUUAUCGAAAGCUGAAGGUCGAGGAGAUAGAAGGAAAGGAUUACUAAGCUAAGUUUUCGGCAUAUAUUACUUCCGAUAAGCAUAUCUGAUGGAAUCAUCUGAGAUGUGGUGUGCACUAAUCAUGUUUGGUUUUCAGAGAUGAUUUUUAAAAGUGUAACAAGUGUUGUAAAACCUCACUAAAGACCAUAUAUGUUAGUCUUAUGCACAUUCUCCAGUUAAAAGGGAUACA